AUGGUGUUAUUGGUAACGCAUACUCUGUCACUGCCAUUUACUGAUAGCAAAGUUUUUAUUUUUUAUUGCCAGAUUGGUAGAACAGUGACCACGCCCAUUCGGCUCUUUCAGAAGGCGAGUGCAGCGAAGCGGUGCUUAACCAUGUCUUUCUUCAAAUGCUUGAUAUUAAAAGGUUCUUCGAUAGUGUGUAUUGAGUUACGGUCCGUAAUGUACUUAGAAGAACCGAUUUGUUUCCUUUUCAGAGUGAACAUGCGAUUCCAUUCACAAAACUUAUCAAAUAAUUUCAAAUCAGCGGAGAGCAGCCGGCAAGAAACGAAAAUUUUCGUUUUAUUUAUUUACACGGUUUCACAUUCCGGCAAAAAUAUUUAUUUGAUCAGAGUGUAA